AAAGCAUAACUCCUACCAUUGAGCUAAAUGCACUGUGCAUGAAACUUGGAAAAAAACCAAUGUAUAAGCCUGUUGAUCCCUACUCUCGGAUGCAGUCCACCUAUAACUACAACAUGCGAGGAGGUGCUUACCCCCCGAGGUAUUUUUACCCAUUCCCAGUUCCACCUUUACUUUAUCAAGUUGAACUUUCUGUGGGAGGACAGCAAUUUAAUGGGAAAGGAAAGACGAGACAGGCUGCGAAACAUGAUGCUGCUGCUAAAGCUUUGAGGAUCCUGCAGAAUGAGCCCCCACCUGAGAGGCUGGAGAUGAAUGGAAGAGAAUCAGAAGAAGAAAAUCUUAAUAAAUCUGAAAUAAGUCAAGUUUUUGAGAUUGCACUUAAGCGGAACUUGCCUGUGAAUUUCGAGUCUUUCCCUCUGACACAGGUGGCCCGGGAGAGCGGCCCACCCCACAUGAAGAGCUUUGUGACCAGGGUUUCAGUUGGGGAGUUUGUAGGGGAAGGGGAAGGGAAGAGCAAGAAGAUUUCCAAGAAGAACGCUGCUAUUGCCGUUCUUGAGGAGUUGAAGAAGCUGCCACCUCUGCCUGCAGUUGAGCGAGUGAAGCCAAGAAUAAAAAAGAAAACCAAACCUACAGGCAAGUUACAGACAAGCCCAGAAUACGGCCAGGGGAUGAAUCCGAUUAGCAGACUGGCCCAGAUCCAGCAGGCCAAAAAGGAGAAGGAACCAGAGUACAUUCUCCUCACAGAGCGAGGCCUCCCCCGUCGCAGGGAGUUCGUGAUGCAGGUGAAGGUGGGAAACCACACUGCAGAAGGGACGGGCACCAACAAGAAGGUGGCAAAGCGCAAUGCAGCUGAAAACAUGCUGGAGAUCCUGGGUUUCAAAGUUCCUCAGGCUCAGCCCACCAAACCAGCACUCAAGUCGGAGGAGAAGACACCAGUAAAGAAACCAGGGGAUGGAAGAAAAGUAACCUUUUUUGAACCUGGCUCUGGGGAUGAAAAUGGGACUAGUCAUAAGGAGGAUGAAUUUAGGAUGCCUUAUCUUAGUCAUCAGCAGCUACCUGCUGGAAUUCUUCCCAUGGUGCCUGAGGUUGCCCAGGCCGUAGGAGUCAGUCAAGGACAUCAUACCAAAGAUUUCUCCAGAGCGGCUCCGAAUCCUGCUAAGGCUACGGUAACUGCCAUGAUAGCCCGAGAAUUGUUGUACGGGGGCACUUCGCCCACAGCCGAGACCAUUUUAAAGAAUAACAUCUCUUCAGGCCACGUACCCCAUGGACCUCUCACAAGACCUUCUGAGCAGCUGGACUAUCUCUCCACAGUCCAGGGGUUCCAGGUUGAAUACAAAGACUUCCCCAAAAACAACAAGAAUGAAUUUGUAUCUCUUAUAAAUUGCUCCUCUCAGCCACCUCUGAUCAGCCACGGUAUUGGGAAGGAUGUGGAGUCCUGCCAUGACAUGGCUGCGCUGAAUAUUUUAAAAUUGCUGUCAGAGUUGGACCAACAAAGCACAGAGAUGCCAAGAACAGGAAACGGACCAGUGUCUGUGUGUGGGAGGUGCUGAACCUUUUCUGGCCAUGAACCAUUAUAAAAUCCAACAUAUAUACUGAAAAUACUGAAACUGCUUUGAAAAAUUGGAAUUUCUGAUACCUCCAGUGGGCUGAGACGUGGUGGGUGAGAACGUGGGCAGCGGCAGUGAAGACAGUGGACACACCAGGCACCGUGGGCGCAGCUCUGUGAACCUUGAUCCCUGCACAGACGCGGCCGCUGUGGGAAGGAGGGGCUGCCCAGCAGCCUGGCUUGUCCAGGAAAUGAGCAGCCCCGCGCCCCGGGCACCUCAGUGCUUUGGCCAUUUUUACCCCUUUCCUGUGUGAAGAAACAGAAAGCAAACUGGCUCACUCAGACACUUGGGACGACUCUGGAUAGCCAUGCCGGAAAGAGGCCUUAGGUUGGCCCCAGACCGAAAAGCACCAGAGAAUCAAAUGCUUCCUACUCAGUAUAACCUAAUCUUUCUAGCGUGCUCUGGCCCCACCACCUCAUGUAGUGCCCGCGCCAUAACCACUGCUUUCUCUCCCACCAGUGAUGCGUAUUCUGAGUUUCAUUAUUUUCUUUUGAUUGAUGACACUAUAUAAAAUUUUCAUUUGAGGGUUUCUCAAUUGUAUCUAGUUACAUAGCACAGUUUAGAAACUUGUCUGAGACUGACUUUAUCAGUAAUCUAACCGGCAAAGAUCAUAUCCAUGUGUAUGUGGUUAUAGUUUUAUUUUAUUGGACUAACCCAGGACCAUUUCAUUGAUGCAAAUUAGGUGCCCGCCUCUCUAGCUGAAGUCCUGGACUUCUCAGAAACUUUGGUGAAGUCUCCCACAGUUGUAUAAUUGGACAAUUUAGGAAUUUUAAACUUUAGAUGAUUAUUUGGUCCUUUUCUAUUUUAUUUUUAUUUUUGUUAAUGCAAUGGGACUUAAAUGAACUUUGAUCCUUAUUUUAAAGAUUAUUAAAAAUUGUGUCUAUACAUAUGGCUCUUGAGGACGUAGCGUGCACUAGACUACACUACAGGGUAUGAUCUCCGUGUAGUGCGUUCAAGCCUGCGGGUUGAUUUUCCUUGAGUGCUUGAUACUGUUAAUGACAUCUCCACGUAGGGCUGAGAGGAAUGGCUCUGUUUAUAUAAGCGGCUGUGUUGCUUUUGAUGUGCGAUUGUGCACAAAGAUGAGUGCACGGAGGUCCGAUCUGGUCCAGACGGCAAGCACGGUAGCCUUGCGAGUUAAGUACUGCUUCCACUCGUGUUUACGCUGGAACAUUUUCUCCCCAUGGAAUGUAAGUAAAACUUGUGUUUGUCACCAAUAAAUGGUAAUACUAAACGUUUUUGUUAAUUUAUUCUCAAAUACCACCAGGUUGGUCCCCUUCCAUCUCAUCCCUUCCCCUUUUUCUAAGAAAAAAUUUGUAAUGCUUGUGAUCCCAUCUGGGCAAAAAUCUGAAGAUCUGAAAUAACUUUAUAUCAAACCAUUGAUCAAUAAACAGCUACUAAUGAA